GCUGCCGAAAGCCUGGUGAAGGGCAGCCAGUGCAGGAGGUGACGAGCAGCGGCGGCGGCGGCGGCAGGGACAGCAUUCGCGGCGAUUUCAGCCACAGCAGCCUAGGCUCCAGCCCCAGCCAGGGCGGCGCAGCAGACAAUAACCGGGCUGGAAACCCGACCGGGCCCGGCCCAACUGCAAUGCUUCCUGACUGAUGAUGUUAUAACAGUGUCUGGAAGACAGAAGGCUGCUUUUUUAGCUGAACAUACCUGAGUUGUCCCCAUCACCAUGGAGAUUGGAAAAGAUGAAUCUUCUCAGGCCAAGGGAGCAGCAGCCUCUAUGGACGCCCAGGACCAAGGGGAAGAGAAAGGAGCCAAGAACAAGGCAACUGAGAUGACAGAAGAGCCAGCAUCAGAGCCACCCCCAUCUGGCCCAGGUAGGCUGAAGAAAACUGCCAUGAAACUUUUUGGUGGCAGGAAGGGCAUCUGUACCCUGCCUAGUUUCUUUGGAGGGGGACGAAGCAAAAGUUCUGGGAAAGGCAUCAACAAGAAGGGUCUUAGCAAGAGCAAGACCCAUCAUGGCCUGACUGAAGCAGCCCAUGGCCCUGAAGACAUUGUCCAUGAAGGAACCAGAUUUGCCUUACCUUUUCCUGAAUUACCCUGCCAACUUCCCAGUUCCCAGAGUGCCCAUGGGGUUUUGGAGACAGGCUCCAGAUGCAAAAUGUCUGUGGCUGGAGCCACAGACAGUGUUGGGGCUGAGAAGGUUCCCUCUGUGCCCAAGCCAAAGAAAGGCCUGAAAGGUUUUUUCAGCAGUAUCCGCCGUCACCGGAAAAACAGGGUCUCUGGGGUUGAACAAAGUAAGCUAGGGGCCAAGGAGCCUGAAGGGGCCACAGCCAGGCCUCAUGAACAUGUAAGCUCAGCCCUUCUGCCCCAUGCUGAGGAUAUCCCCCAAACCCCCAGAAAGGAAAAUGCCAAAACUCAAGAUGUCCCUAGGCCAGAAAUUUCUUUAGUAACAGAGUCUUUUCCAGCAGUUACUGAGAAGACAGCCUGUAAAGAUCCAGAAAAACCCAUUGAGGUCUAUGCCUCAGCACUUCUGCAGCCCAAGGCUGCUUCUGAAGCCAGUGGCCCAGAGGAACCCCACAGUCCAGAAACAGAGGAGAAGAUGGUGGCAGAAGAGGUAAAUCCACCAAAUGGCCCUGUUGGGGACCAGCUGAGCCUCCUAUUUGGGGAUGUCACAUCCCUGAAAAGUUUUGACUCACUGACCGGUUGUGGUGACAUUAUAGCAGAGCAGGACAUGGACAGUAUGACAGACAGCAUGGCCUCUGGAGGCCAGAGAGCCAAUCGAGAUGGGACCAAGCGAAGUUCCUGCCUGGUGACCUACCAAGGAGGUGGGGAGGAGAUGGCCUUGCCAGAUGAUGAGGAGGAAGAAGAAGAGGAGGAUGAGGAGGUGGAAUUAGAGGAAGAAGAAGAGGAUGUCAAAGAGGAAGAAGAUUAUGACUUAGAAUAUCUGUGGGCAAGUGCCCAGAUGUACCCAAGACCCAAUCUGAAUUUGGGAUACCAUCCUGUCCCAUCUUCAGGAGAGCAUGGCUACAUACUCCUUGACUCAGUUGGAUCUUAUCCUGGCCUAGCCCCUGGGGACCUUUUGACUCCUCAGAGUGACCAGCAAGAGUCUGCCCCCAAUAGUGAUGAGGGUUAUUAUGAUUCUACAACACCUGGAUUUGAGGAUGAUUCAGGUGAGACCUUGGGGCUUGUCCGCAGGGAUUGCCUGCCUCGAGACAGCUAUAGUGGAGAUGCCCUUUAUGAGUUCUAUGAACCAGAUGAUAGUCUUGAGACCUCCCCACCUAUGGAUGACUGUCUUUAUGACCUCCAUGGUCGCAGCUCUGAGAUAUUUGAACCCUUCUUGAACUUUGAGCCCUUUUCUUCCUCUAGGCCACCUGGGGCAAUGGAGACAGAAGAAGAACGGUUAGUGACCAUCCAGAAACAGUUGUUGUAUUGGGAGCUUCGGCGAGAGCAGCUGGAGGCCCAAGAGGCUCAGGAGGCACGUGUCCGAGAGGUUCACACCAGGGAGGCCUAUACCCAAGAAACUCAUGCCAGGGAGACCAAUGCCCAAGAAGCUCAUAUUAGAGAGAUCCAAGCCCGAGAGGCCUUUGCCAGAGAGGUCUGUGUUAGGGAGGCCCAGGCCCAAGAGGCCCAUCCUCAAGAGGUUCAAGUCCAAGAGGUACAGGCCCGGCAAGAGAAGCCCAUCAUGGAAUAUCAGAUAAGGCCCUUAGGCCCAUCAGUGAUGGGCCUAGUGGCAGGGACAUCAGGGGCCUCUCAGACUUCCCACCGGGGAACCACCUCAGCUUUUCCUGCCACUGCAAGCAGUGAGCCAGACUGGAGGGACUUCCGUCCUCUAGAGAAACGUUUUGAGGGAAUCUGCUCCAAGAAAGAUCAAAGUACCUGUCUGAUGCAGCUCUUCCAAAGUGAUGCUAUGUUUGAGCCAGAUAUGCAAGAAGCAAACUUUGGAGGGUCUCCCAGGAAGGCCUACCCUACUUAUUCACCCCCUGAAGAGCCAGAGGAAGAAGAGGUUGAGAAGGAAGGGAAUGCUACCGUGAGUUUCUCACAAGCCCUUGUGGAGUUCACCAGCAUUGGGAACCUCUUCUCCAGCAUGUCCUGCAGCUCUGACUCUGACUCAUCCUUCACUCAAAACCUCCCUGAGCUGCCCCCUAUGGUGACCUUUGACAUCGCUGACGUAGAACGGGAUGGAGAAGGCAAGUGUGAAGAGAAUCCUGAGUUCCACAAUGAUGAAGACCUCGCAGCCUCCUUGGAAGCUUUUGAGCUGGGCUACUACCAGAAACACAUGCUUACCAACUACCACAGCCGAUUCUACCAAGGUCUGCCCUGGGGUGUGAGCAGUCUCCCUCGGUACUUGGGACUGCCUGGCAUGCACCCUCGACCUCCACCUGCUGCCAUGGCCCUCAACAGGAGAAGUCGCUCCCUGGACACUACAGACACCCUGGAGCUGGAGCUCUCAAAUUCCCACCUGGGCCAGGGAUACAUGGCUUCUGAUGAGCUUCAGGUUCAGCAGGAAGAUUCAAAUGAAGAAGAGGAAGAAUGGGAACGAGACAGUCCUUUGUCCCUUUAUACUGAGCCACCAGGGGCCUAUGACUGGCCUGCGUGGGCCCUCUGUCCUCUCCCAAUGGGGCCAGGCCCUGCCUGGAUAAGUCCCAGCCAGUUGGAUGAGUCUUCUGGCCCAUCUCCAUAUGGGCAGACAGCCUGUUGCAUACCCUCUGUGGCCAUGUCAAUGUUGCUAUCAGUACCAGGGCCAGAGCCAAGGGUACCUGGGAUAUCCAGGCAUCAGCUAGCUCGGCCUUCACACCUACCCCUUCCCAUGGUCCCUUGUUAUAACCUGCAGCCACAGGCCUCUCAGAGUAUAAGAGCCAGGCCUCAAGAUAUGCUGCUGCCUGUUGAUGAGCCCAGUUGCUCCUCCAGUUCUGGAGGCUUAAGCCCCAGCCCUCUGUCCCAGGCCAAGCCUGUAGGCAUCACUCCUGGCAUCCCUCAGCUGCCCAGGGUCUGUCCUGAGCCCCAGCAGCCUCAAUCCAUUCACUACAGGGCUUUCAGCCUUGACUUGUCAAAGGAGAUGGCUGAGCAAGGUGCCUCUCUCCCCACCAGCUACUCCUCCACUGCUGUGAAUGGAAACCUAGCUGAGUAGCCAUCAUCUAUUCUGGAGUGGGGGCAUUGGGCUUAAGCAUGUGAUUAGGGAUCAAGGGUUGGGCAGAGGGGUGGGGGUGGGGGUUGCUAUUUAACUUGAAAAUCCUUUUGGCCAAGGAAACCUCCUAUGAGUUUUUAUCUUUGUUUUCCCACUUCCCUCUUCUGUCAAUCUGUGGUCACAUUCAGCUUGAGUACAUCUGUCCUGGGAGGCUACUGCUGCUCUGUUCUCCAGUUUUUCCUUUGGGGUCUCUUGUUGCCCAUACAGGGUUUGGGAUGCUGUACUUUUGUGCCUAUUCCAGUUGCCCAGUUAGUGAUUAUGUAUACAGCAUGCAUCCUCUGCACAGGCUAAACCGUUAGUAUCUGUGCCACCCUCUACACACAGUGAAUGAUGAACCACUGAUGAACAGCCAGGUCUGCACUUCUUCCCACCUAAGUAUAGAGGGCUUGUUUGCUAUUAACAACGUGAAAUAAUGAUACAAAUCCUCUCCACCCCCACUCCCUUCAGUCUUGGCAUAGCUGCCACCAUUACAUCAGAUGAUUAUAAUCUAUUCACCCCAGCUAGCUGUCCUUUGAGAGGACCAAGUAGCAUGUGUCUCAUUGCCUAUUGCUGUGGACUUUGGCAUCAUAACCAAAUAGGGGCCUUUUAAUGUGGCCUGCUAUAGCUUGGGUUGAAGACGAAAAUGCUAAUCUCCUUAAUGGAGUGAUCAAAUUUAUCCGGUUGGAAACAGAAGACAAAGUAGGGUUCUGUUUUAGAUACUGCCAUAAGUCUUGAUUUGUGGAAUGGUAAGAUCUUUUCCUUAUUCUUUUAAGCUUGUGACUGCCUAAGUUGCAGACACUUUUGAAUUUUUUUUUUUUUACCCAAAGGAAAUUUUCAUAAUUUCAUCACAAGGGACAUAGUCUUUUAAUUGAGAUACAGGUAGAGAAGUGGCCUAAAUUAAGCUUGGCUACAGGGGUUCAGGGUUUUUGUGGGUUGCAGGGGAAGAAUAGGAAGAGCAGUUCCAUUGUUCCAGUUAGCAGGAAAGAAUUUUAGACAUUGCAAAGCUCAAGGAAACCUAGCUUCUAGAAGAAAAAAUUCCAUCUCUCCCAAAAGCAAGAGUUCCUUAAGCCUUGCCCGGUUGCUGUAAAGAGGCUUAGAGGCACCAGGCUAGCAGUCCCAAGAGACAGGAUACCAAAGGCAUAUAGGCUGUUGUUCUGGUCUCAUUAAAGAGUUUUCAUCUUCCAAUUAGCCAAGUCCUUAGCAUCCUCAAAAGACUGACCUUCUUGAGAGGAAAGACUGUCAUCUUCACUCACUCAGCCAAGCUGCAGGUUUUUGAUUUGCAUAGGAAUUGCAGCCCUUUAUGAAGUGAAGGGUAUACUCCCUUCUGCAUCCACAGUUUUCAUGUUUAACUAGCUUGGAAAUGCUGAUGUGGAAAAGUUGCUGUCAGGAAGACAUUGCAACAGGCUAAUCUAACCUGGCUCAACCUUAAUCACCAGUAAGAGAGGGUCCCUUUUAACUUCCUUAUUGGAAAUAGAAUAUGGAACAUGCUUUGUCUGGAUGUGUUGAUCCAAAUUAUAAUCCUUGCCUCCCAGCCCCUGUCCCUCCUCCCCCCCACCCCGGCUCUGCUUAUCUCUAUGCCUAUUAAAAUGUCAGUAGGACUCUUGGGAACAGAGGCCUUUGGCCCCCUGAGUCAAGGUGACUGUAUGGUCAAACUUCCCCUUGGCAAGUGAAUGUGUUUAUGCUGGUCUUUAUCACCAUUUUUCAGAUUGGGGUUGGUAGUGCUCCUUCCCACAGAGAGCAAAACUGUCUGAUAGAAGCUGUACCCCUGGAAGCACCACAUGAGUUUGCAUGGCACCAAUAGCACUGCUCAAGGGACUCAGACCAGCUCUUCAGGAUAACUCUGUCUGCACUGUGAAGAAAUACAUCACUCAUGGAGUUGGAGAAAGAAAGAGCAUGAGGAAGCCCCUUCUCACCCAAAGCACUGCAUUACAGAAGAAAAGUGCCCAAAUUCCAACCAUCUAGCCUCCUACCAAAGUUGCCCUGGGAGGUUAGGGGUGAAGUAGGCCUGGCUGUUUGGUAGAAAAUACACCAAAUGCCUUUACAACAAGGGAAAUCCCACUACUCUCCUACUCUCUCUCUGCUUGUCCCUCAGGGCAGUUCAAGCUCCUAUCUGUAUAUGGACUGUGCCAGCCAUAGCAGAUAGUAGAGCCAUCACCAGCCUCCAGAGUUUGCUGGGCUACCAGCCUUGAAAAGAAGAAGUAGGUGGUCAGCCUUUGGCCAAGGUCAGAGGGAUACCCUCAGAGAAAAGAGGGAGACAAGACUUGCUGCCCCUGAAGGGAGUAGUCAUAGUUCUGACACACAUUACUUGGCUUUUGGAGUUCACAUAGCACAGAGUAGAACCUAGAACUGAGCAACAUCUCAUGGUUUGGACAACAGUACUGCCUUCAAGGCCUUUCAAUGUCCAUGCCAGCCCAAGGACAUAAUCCUCACCACCAGAAGUAGGAUAAUCAAGGUGCAUGGCUGCAGAAGCAUGCUCCUUUGACUCUUACUCUAGAUUCAAGCAGUUAAUAGCCAAAUACCAUCUUCAGCCUAGACAAGGAAGAUAUGGCUGGAGAUGUGGUGAUGGCAGCACAGGGUGACACUGGGAGAGCCAAUCAAACUCCAGGCCUCUUCCCAAAGAUAGCCGUGCUUGCUUGGCUGGCAGCAAAUAUGCCCCGGACUACUAAAGAUAUUGAUAUCAAGUCCACAUCCCUUAGACUGUGACCAGAUGAAUACCAUAUCUGCACUGCAAUGUCCUGGGAUAAUGCUUGUGGAUAUGAUUUCAAGGGAAGAUAUGACUUGACAGGAGGUAUCUGCUAUCAUCUUGCUAUCCAGCAGGCUUAUCUAGUACCAGACAGCUGUGAUACUGAGAAAUGUUAAAUGAGACCAGUCCUUGGGGAAAUAGUGAUUGUGGAUAGAGAGGGCCACCCAUCAGGCUUCCUUCAUGGCCACCAGUCUCUCGGUGCUUUAUUUAGUGCCUUUAAGGAAGCCCUGCCUUGGGGCACUGAGCUUGGGCACCUGUCUAUCAGUCUUCUGGGCCAAAGGCUUUGGUCAAAACUAGUCUCUCUCCCUCCUCAGUGCUAUACCAAGCAGGGAAGUAGCUUCCUACACCCAAGGUGUGUUCCUUUCAUCUUGCUGCCAGCAACUUUCCCACCUUUGCCAGUGCCACCACACCACCUGACCUCAGCCCCUGGGCCCAAUAGCUAGAGGGAGGAAUGGGAGAUUUAGCAGGGAGACUUCAAGUUUACCCAUGUGUAUGUUGCAUCCAAGUUGUUUUUAGUGUGGAAAUGUGUAUGUGUGUGUGUGUGUGUGUGUGUGUAUAUAUAUAUGUAUAUGUAUAUAUAUAUAUAUACAUAUACAUAUAUAUAUAGUCAAUUAUCUAUUUUUGUAUUGUUUGCAUUUUAUAUUCAUGGAAAACAAUGUUUAUCAAUUAUUCUUUUCUGAUAUAUUUUAUUUUUAAGCGGUGCUGUUUACAGUUUUAAACAAAACAAAGUCAACACAAAAAUUGCUGCUGGUUGUGCAGAGGGCUGGCAUCUCAACCGCCUAGGGCCCUCACUCAUUCCCCUAUCUUCACCCCAAUGAAUCUUGCUGUCCACCUCCUCUCUCCAUGAUAGGAACAGCAAAAGAUGCCCAGGUACUGUGACAAAUGCCAGGUGAUUCAGGCAUGGGGAACUUGGUAAAUAGCAUGUUGUUAUAUGGCUUUAUUUUUUCAUUUGGGCCCUGCCCCUUCCCCACGUGUAGAUCUUCUGGAAGUACCCAUGUCUCCCUCUCACUCUCUCCCUCCUUUUUUAUGUUUUGUGCUUUCAUUUUGAAAUCAGAGUGCCCAUGUUGUGCUAUUUGCCAUGUUGAGUUUCUCCAAAAAAAACACUUUGGGGGCAUUCUCCACUCAGUGAAAAGGACAUGGAGUUUCUAUCAUGCCCUGUCUCCCUAAGAAGUUGGGGAGACAGAUGGAAAUGAUGCUUUAACCACAAGGAAUUGGUCAUCUCAUUGAGGAAACCCUUGCAUCAGACUUCCCAAGAACUCAAUUGAUUGUGACAUUUGCCAGGAGAGAUGUUAGGGAACUCCUUGACCCCUCUUGCUGCUUUAGGGGUAUCUAUCCGCCUAUCACCAUUCCCUCUGCCCUGUCAUGCUCCAGUUCACAUACAAAUGGUAUUUUAGGGGAACAGUGACUCUCAGGGUGAUGGCUUGCUGGCCUGAUUCCCACUUUUCUAUCCUACAGUCACUCCAAAGAAGAAAAUCCACAUGGCAUGUUUAUGUGUGAGGGUUGGGCCUGCUGAGAGGCAGGGCUUUAAUUAAUUAUUAUUCUUGUUACUAUUGGUGCUUAUUUUACAUACUGUAUAUGAAGGUGGGGUGAAGAAGAAUGUAUAUUUAGGUCACAUAAAUAAAAUGGGUGGAGGACAGAGGGACGAAAUUGGGAACUGCGCAGUACAUCCCCACCCCAUGUAUGAGUUUUUUCUCUCCCAGUGUAAAAUGGGGAGCCUGGCCCCUAGGUAUGCCCUAGCUCCCCCUUCCCUAUUCCUUGAGACAUCACAGAAUUGUCUGGGUUGUGACCUCUCCAAUCCUAGCUCUCAAUGACACCUGGAUAUCUUGUUGCACUGCCUAUUUGUAACAACAUAUAUUUCUCUUGCUGAAUGCUAAUAAACUGGGUUCUAGAAGAACCCCUCCAGUCA